CAGCUGGGAAGAGAGCCCACGAAUUCCUGGCUCUUGGCCCUCUUCCCCGAGCGCUCCCAGUUCUUCCGCCUGCAGGAACUGUGCUGUUCUUUCCAGACUCCGCGAUGGGGAAACACAACAGUAAGCUGGCCCCGGAAAUGCUGGACGACCUGGUGCGGAGCACAGAGUUCAGCGAGCAAGAGCUGAAGCAGUGGUACAAGGGCUUCCUGAAGGACUGUCCCACUGGCAUCCUCAACCUGGAUGAAUUCCAGCAGCUCUACAUCAAGUUUUUCCCGUACGGAGAUGCUUCCAAAUUUGCCCAGCAUGCCUUCCGCACGUUUGACAAGAACGGCGACGGGACGAUUGACUUCCGGGAGUUCAUCUGCGCCCUGUCCGUCACCUCCAGGGGCAGCUUUGAGCAGAAGCUGAACUGGGCCUUCGAGAUGUACGACCUCGAUGGGGACGGGAAGAUAACCCGCCUGGAGAUGCUAGAAAUAAUCGAGGCCAUUUACAAGAUGGUGGGCACGGUCAUCAUGAUGCGGAUGAACCAGGACGGGCUGACGCCCCAGCAGCGGGUUGACAAGAUCUUCACCAAGAUGGACAAGGACAAGGACGACCAGAUCACCCUGGAGGAGUUCAAGGAGGCUGCCAAGAGCGACCCCUCGAUCGUCCUCCUCCUGCAGUGCGACAUGCAGAAAUAGCUCCCCCCAGGCGCCAGCUGGACUGCCCGAGGCAGCCCGCCUCCGUGGGCGGGUGCCCCUCCCCCCACCCUUGCACCCUCCCAGCGCUGUACACGCCGCUCCUGGGCCCGAGUUUGCUCUGCUUGCAGCCCUCCCCUUUUGAAGGCCCCCCUCCCGAUGGGACGGCCUGAGCCACAUGGCAUGUCCAAACCUCCACCCCACAGCAAUCCCUGGAGGGCGUUUGGCCCUAUCGAGCCAUAUGGGGUCCCUCUCUGACUCAUCCACCUUCUCUUCCCCACCCCCCAACCAGCUUAAGCCUCCUUGGUACCCAAAUGCCCCCUCGAUCUGAAGUGGAUUGUCCAAGGCAGUGUUCACCCCAUAACCAUCAUCAAGCCUUCUGGCUCCCCCACAGCAUCCCCCUCUCUUAGCCCCCUGGGCUGUCCUGUCGGGCUGUUUUGAAAGCAGCAAAUGCCACCAGGCUCCCUCCCCCACCCAAUGUCAUUCCUGGGGAUGCCCCACGCUGCCCGACUAGACCCUUUCUGCCCUCCUGCCCCCUGAGAACAUCCUCCUUGGAGCCCCAAAGGGAACCUGCCUACAAGGUGACGCCCCCAUAGCCCCCACCUCUGCAGCAGCCCAUUCCGCUGCCGUGAGCAGGCGGCGUUGGUUGCAGGGUGCCCUGCGGGAGAGGGAGGGGGGGAUUGUGAGAUCUUUAGAAACCCCUGACUCUGCCUUCUCCACAGCCAGGCCUGCCUGUCAGCCCCCAGCCGCCCGCCUUCUGCCUGGCUAGCGAGCAGCACUGCGGAGCAAGCUGCUGCAGGUUUGAGUGGUGCCCUGCGCCUUUCCGCGUGGAAGGAACGUGGGUUUCGGCUGCUCCCUGGCCAGCCAGAGGGCGGCCACCCUCGAAUGCCGGCAUGGCCUGGGUGCCACGUGCUCCAGUCAGAGGCAGCCCUGGUGUUCACCGAGCCUCGCAGUUGCAGUUUCCUGUCGCCCUGGCAGGUUAGAGCCGAUCGGGGUUCGAAUGGUUCUCGUCUGCCUGGGGUGGGGGGAGGGCAGAGCUGGGUCUGACUCAAACAUGAGUGCACACGGUUUGUGGAAGCAAUUUCCUUCGGCGGGAGGGGGGGACUUGUGGCGGUAAUCGAGUACAGGCGUUGGACCUCUGCUAUGGGUGGAAUAGGGAGAUUCUGCCCCUUGGAGGCAAUGCUGGGGAUGGGCAUUUUCUGGCUUAACCCCGCCCGGAGUUUGGGGCUGGCUGGGGUGGUUGCAUGACCGCUG